CGAAAGCCACUCGCGAGUCUAGCGCCCCUAUCGGCAGAGUUUCGCGCACGGACAUUGCUCGAACGUCAGUCAGGCGUCGAACACCGGUCGACUAUAGCACUGUAGCACUCACCUCAGUCGAGGAAGAGUCGAGUUUCGUGUAUUUUGUUGCACAAUUUUCACGCUUGCCACGAGCUGGUCUCCAGGGCUGUCACUCACUUCCAGUUAGCGGUUAGGCCUAGCAGCGCGGUAUGAGGUAGAACAUGAGAAUAACGUCGGGCAAUUGUACUUUGAGUUCGGAUUGAUGACCGCCAGGGGGCGCUGCAGCUAACGAAGAUGCAGCCCAUGGUUUUGACAUUUCGACAGCUCACUGUCGCGCAUAAUUUAAAUUUGGCGCGCCAGCUGUGGACGCGUGGCGGUACAAACUGUAGGCAAAUUACAGUUGGUAGCUGGGCUCUAAAGCGGACGAUCAAUAUGGCUUCCCCCGCAACCCUCCGGGUAUCCGGUACUCUGGUCGUCUCCAAUCCUGCUCAAACUCCUGUGGUUUUGAUCGGGCAGCCAAGAAAUAUUGCCAAAUUGACAUUCGAACAGGUCGCUUGCAAACUCCAGCCCAAGGUAUCAGCUGACAUGUUCAAGGCGGCCCAGGAAAGUCUGACUCCAUCAGGUCCGGACAGUACACCAUUGUACCUCAAUCAGGCAUCGAUUGCUCAACUGCCAUCGAAGUGUUCCCGGCAUAAUACGCCUACUCAGGCCCACGCCGUCACCAAGGCCAUCGUGAAACAUACAUCGGGAGCUGACGAGUCUCUCGUGAUUGUUUGCGAAAAACGUGAUGUAUUUGCAAGCGCGUGUGCUGUGGCCCGCGCAUUCCCCCUGUAUUCAAGAAAAUCGGGUGAUUCAGCUGACGGUGAACGUGCUCCGAAAAAUGAGAGGUCGAUCUCAGUUGAAUUUCUACUGGUCGGUGAGGGAGAAACGCUCUCAGCCGAUGAGGUAACAGCCCUUGAGGCUGCCAUGGAGGGUGUCCGAUUGGCAGCCCGCGUCGUGGACACACCCUGUCAGGAAAUGAAUGUUUGCGCUUUCCUCGCAGAAAUUCAACGUGUCGGCGAUGUAUUGGGCAUCAAACCAUGUGUCAUCCGUGGAGAAGAACUUGUUAGGAAGGGUCUGGGUGGCAUUUGGAGUGUAGGCAAAGCGGCCACCUCGCUUCCAGCUUUGGCAGUACUUUCACACACGCCUGAAGGCGCCACGGAAACAGUGGCAUGGGUGGGCAAGGGCAUCGUUUAUGAUACUGGAGGCCUCAGCCUGAAGCCCCGCGUCAGUAUGCUCGGCAUGAAGAGGGAUUGCGGGGGUGCCGCUGGAAUUCUUGGUGCAUUCAGUACCGCAGUGAAAUGCGGUUUCAAGCAGAAUCUGCAUGCCGUGUUCUGUCUGGCUGAAAACGCGAUCGGCCCACUGGCGACACGUCCGGAUGACGUUAUCACUAUGUAUUCCGGCAAGACGGUUGAGGUGAACAAUACCGAUGCUGAGGGUCGAAUGGUGUUAGCUGAUGGAGUCGUCUAUGCAUCGAAGGAUCUUGGUGCUAAAACGAUCCUUGAUAUGGCUACGCUAACUGGAACCCAAGGCAUAACUACAGGAAAGUAUCAUGGCGCCGUACUCACCAACUCAAGCAAGUGGGAAGACGCUGCAUUAAUUGCAGGAAAACUAAGUGGUGACCUCGUCUUUCCUCUGCCAUACACCCCGGAGUUGCAUUUCAAAGAGUUCUCUUCGGCCAUAGCUGAUAUGAAGAACUCGGUCGCCGAUCGAAGCAACGCGCAAAGUUCCUGCGGCGGGCUGUUCAUCCAAAGUCAUCUUGGUUUUGACUUCGAAGGCGACUGGAUCCAUAUCGACAUGGCCGCUCCUGCACAUUGUGGUGAGCGAGCAACGGGCUAUGGCGUAGCACUGCUCUCAGCAUUGUUUGCUGAUUACUCCAAGAAUCCAAUGAUCAAUUCUUUAUCGCCCUUCAGCUCUACUAUUCCCGAAGAAGGUGACAAGAAGAGGAUCAAAACCGCCAUUUAGUCCUGCUCCAUAACGACCACGGCUUUAGCAAUACUAACAUUAGGAUUUUAAGGAUAGGAGAGGUUGUUCAAAUCGUUUGUACUACAAAACAAGAGAACAACGAAUAUCUUACCACACCAUAGAAAUGUACGUAGACUGUAGUGAAAAUGUCUUUAUGUAUAUGUCCAGUUUUGCAGAGUGAAAAAUAAUUAUUACAUAAAACAUUAGCGCAGACUAUAGCGCCGCUACGACUAAAAACUAUUGGAUCCAGACGUCGAAUCGCGCAGGGCACAUACAUAUGGAUGCGGUCUUGUACUUCCAAAAUUCUCAAUAAAAAACGUUAUUAAAAAGUA